CCUCAACCGCCCUCAACCAUCUGAAGCAAAUCAAGAAAACAAUACACACAGCAAAUUCACUCUACUGUUGAUUUCAUUGAUUCCUUACACGAUUUAAAUUAGAAGCUGCCAAAUCUAAACUUACAGAUGGAGGCUAGAGAAAAAAAUGAGCAUCCACUUUCCUUGAAAGUGAUGAGGUUGACUCGGCCAAGUUUGUUUAGUUCUAUGGUCGUGACUUGUGAGCAAGGAGACGUUCCAGGAAAUUUGUUCACAAAUGAUCUUAAAAAGGACCUGACAGCUGUCACAGGCUCGGAAACACUCGCUGUAGGACAAUUUUUACUGCUGCCGCAGAGUUUCGGGAAUCUUUAUUUGGGUGAGACAUUUUCAAGCUAUGUUUGUGUCCAGAACAACAGCUCUGUCACUGUCAAGGAUGUUGCAGUCAAGUCUGACCUACAAACAAGCUCUCAAAAGGUAUCUUUAUCAGCUAUUCGCGCUCCUCAAGAACUUCAGCCAAGACACACUGUUGAUGAAGUGAUUCAUCAUGAAGUUACGGAAUUAGGAACUCACAUUCUUGUCUGUGAAGUGAGCUACACAAGCACUGCAGGUCUGGCAAAAUCAUUCCGAAAAUUCUUCAAAAUACAAGUGCUAAACCCACUGAACGUCAAAACCAAUUUCUACAAUGCAGAGUCUGAUGAUGUAUACUUAGAAGCACAAGUCCAAAACAUGACUGCGGGACCAAUUUGCUUGGAGAAAGUGCAACUUGAAUCUUCAACAGCUUUUACUGUUCGAUCACUUAAUCAAGUAAACGGUCGGUCAGUUUUCGGAUCUGUGAAUGUUGUUCAGCCGCAAGCAUGCCGCCAGUUUCUUUAUUGCCUCAGUCCCAAACCAUCAUUGGCAAGCGCAACAAACAUCGGCAAACUGGACAUUGUGUGGCGGUCCAACCUAGGUGAGAGGGGCCGGCUGCAGACUAGUCAGCUACAAAGAAUGAUUCCUGAAUAUAGAGAUGUGAGAAUUACUGUGAUCGAACUGCCGAAUAUGGUUUAUAUUGAAGAGCCGUUCACAUUUACGUGCAAACUUUUCAACACAAGCGGGAGGAAAAUGGAGCUUACUUUGAAUCUCCACACGACAACGCCUUGUAACCUUGUUUGGGCAGACAUUUCUGGCAAGCUGCUCGGAACUCUUGAGGCUGCUGCAUCAAAAGAACUGACUCUCACUGCGGUCCCAUUGGCUACUGGUUUACAUAAUAUUUCUGGAAUCCAGCUCAAAGACAGCCUAAACAAAAAGACAUACGACUACGAUGAGCUUGCUCAAGUAUUUGUGGUUCAAAAACCAGUCGCGCAGUAACCUUUCUUUUAAAUUUAUUGUUAUGUAAGCGGAUCUCCUCAGAAAAUUAAUGUAACCGAGGCAUUGGAAUCAUGUCACGCUCUUUAGAACGAAAGGCGCUGUAUGACAAUUUCUUACAGGAAACCUAUACUUUUUCAACAAAUAUAUUAUUUUCCUCGUUUUAAA